CCGCACGGUAAAAGCAUGGGGGUGACUUGUAGAGAAGCAAACCCGCAAAACCCUCACCAAAUCGAAUCCUUGGGUUUGGGCUUUCAUCUUCUUCGCUUCGGUAGCCGAGAGUUCCAUUGGAAUCUUCAUUCAAAUCGCCAUUUCUUCUUUACAAUCUUUGUUGAAAUGCAAGUCGUUUCCAGCUCUCGUCGCCUCUCCAUUCUUCUCAAAUCUUCUUCCACCUUCCUCCAGUUUGAUCGAUUUCUUGUUUCUAAUUUUCCAGUAAACCAGGAUCCUCCAGCUUCUCAUCAAUGGCGGACUGUUUCUGGGAUAGCUCGGCAAUGUUGUUCACCAAUGGCGCCAGACUGUUCCAUUCCUAUGUAUUUAUCGAUUCCCAAUGCUUCUUUUUCAUCAGUGGCACAUGCUGCGGAGGAAAUUUCUACAGGUUUCACUGCCAAGGAAUUAUAUGAUAAAAUGCUUGAAUCUGUAGAGGUUAAGAGAAGCAUGCCCCCCAAUGCUUGGAUGUGGUCAUUGAUCCAAAAUUGUAAAACCGACGAGGAUAUUCAGCUUCUAUUUGGCAUUUUGGAAAGACUGCGGAAAUUUAGGCUAUCGAAUCUUCGUAUUCAUGAUAAUUAUAAUUCUCACCUUUGCCAAGAGGUCGCCAAAGCAUGUGUACGGGCGGGUGCAAUUCAAUUUGGAAAGAAGACCUUGUGGAUCCAUAACGUAAAUGGAUUGACGCCCAGUGUUGCAUCUGCUCACCAUCUACUGGCAUAUGCCGAAGAGCACAAUGAUCUUAAACUUAUGGCUGAAGUUGUGACACUAUUAAGAAGGAAUAAAUUGCCACUACAACCUGGUACUGCAGAUAUUGUUUUCAGGAUAUGUUAUAAUGCUGACAAUUGGGAGUUGCUUUCCAAAUACUUCAAAAAAUUCUCUGAGGCUGGAGUAAAAUUUCGCCGAACAUCUUUUGACACGUUGAUGAGAUUUGCUUCCAAAAGAGGAGAUGUUGAUUGUCUAUGGAAAUUUGAUAGGAUGAGAGCUGAAACAACGAAGCAACAUACUCUUGGAAGUGCAUUUUCAAGUGCUAAGGGUCUUCUAUUAGAACGUAAGCCUAAGGAAGCUGCUGCUAUGAUUCAUGAAAUUUAUCAGGCCUUUCAGAAUUUUAAGUCGGACUUUACGACCGAGAUCCAAAAGAUGGUCAAUGAAUGGCCGUCACAAGUUAGCGAGCACAAAAAAGAAGAACAUAGAAAGGAAUUUGAUGCAGAUCUUAAAUCUUAUAUUUCUACAAUGUUAAGUAAUCUACAAAAUGUUGGAGUAGAGGUGAACGCAAACAUCUAAAUCGGUAAAGAAAAUAACCUUGAUUUCGGAUGAACUUUCAGCAUGAUUCGAAAAUAAUUCUAUUUUGGGGGAUGUAGUUCCAGAGCUGAAUCCAGUUGAGAGGCUGACCAAAAUUGUUUCUUUACGGAAACAUAGAGAUGCUAUGGUUCGAGAGAGACUUGAGACGAGACACAAAAGACAGCGAGGUGGUUUAUCUUUACUGUUUUUUUUUUUUUUUUUUUUUCAAGUUAUAGCAAAUAACCCAGCUCUGCUAACUGAAUUCCUUAUGGUGUGGGUCUUGUUUUUGCAUCAAUAGAUUUAUAGGCAUAACAUUAGGCAUUGCUUUGUCUCAGUUACUAUAGUUUUGUAUUAAAUUCUCUUUUUCUUCUUUUAUAAUUGGAAGAGAUGUACAUUAUAUUUUGGACUUCA